GCCCUUGGCCGCCGCGCCGCCGCGCUCGCACACAGGCACCGGGCGCUCCGUGCCUCUGGCUGCCGCCGGCGCCCGCUGCUCCCAGAGAAACUUUGCGGGGCUCGGGCCGGGGGGCGGCACCGGGGGGGGGGGUGCAGCGCCGAGCGCGGCAUCCCGCGACGGCUGCCCGGCUGCAGGCUGCAGAGCCCCCCGCCAGCUGCCGGGAGGGAAGGAGGGAGAGGGGGGAGGAAAAGAUUUAAGAAAGGAAAUUUUUGUGUUGUUAUUUUUUUUUUUAGGGAGAUUCGAAAGGGAAUUUAGGAGAACGGGGUAGCAUUUAUAGGGAAAAAAAAAAAAAAAGUUUGUUAGAAUUUCGAGAGGGGAAAAAAAAAAAAAAGUUUAGAAAGAAAAAUUUAGAGGGAGCGAAGUCUUUUUUUCCGAAAGCAAAAUAAUUGAAGGAGAGGAGGAGGAAAAAAAAAACCAACAAAACAAAACGCAAGCAACCUACGCGCGGACGGACGCGAGGAGGAAUCGCGGUGAGAACAAAACUGCGGGGAAGUUUUGCGCGGCGGGAGCGACAUGCCGCAACUGGGCAGCGGCGGAGGGGACGACCUGGGGGCCACCGACGAGAUGCUGGCCUUCAAGGACGAGGGCGAGCAGGAGGAGAAGAUCCCCGAGAACGCCUUCACCGAGCGCGAUCUGGCCGAUCUCAAGUCCUCGCUGGUGAACGAGUCCGAGGGCAGCGGCAGCCCCGCCGCCGCCGCGGACCCCGAGGCCAUCCGCCGCGUGCAGGAUCCGCAGAGGGUUUAUCAGGAGAAGCUCCCGGACCACAUGGAAGAUGCAGGUAUGAAGCACCAGGACCCAGGGAUGUAUAAAGGAUCUGCGUACUCUGGCUACCCCUUCCUCAUGCUCUCAGACCCCUAUCUGCCAAACGGAUCUAUGUCACCUCUGUCCAACAAAGUUCCUGUCGUGCAGCCGUCCCAUGGAGUGCACCCGCUCACACCGCUCAUCCCCUACAGCAACGACCACUUCAGCCACGGUUCCCACUCACCCCAUCUGCCCGCUGACAUCAGCCAGAAGCAAGUGCAUCGACCUUCCCAGACCUCCGACAUCCCCGGCUUCUACCCGCUCCCCCCGGCUGGGGUCGGCCAGAUCACGCCCUCCAUGGGAUGGCAGAGCCAGUCUGUCUAUCCGCUCCCGUCAUGUGGAUUUAGACAGCCGUAUUCGUCAGCGCUUUCUGCUGGGGCUUCUUUCUCCAGGUUCACUCACCCGCUGAUGCUGGGCUCCAGCAUGCACACCACUGGCAUCCCACACCCCGCCAUCGUGCCCCACUCUGGCAAGCAGGAGAUGGAGCACUACGACCGCAACAUGAAACCUCAGCCAGAACCAAAGAGAGAGAAGGAAGCCAAGAAGCCCACUAUCAAGAAGCCCCUGAAUGCUUUCAUGUUGUAUAUGAAAGAGAUGCGGGCGAAGGUCAUUGCUGAAUGCACGCUGAAGGAGAGCGCGGCCAUCAACCAGAUCCUGGGAAGGAGGUGGCACGCGCUGUCCCGGGAGGAGCAGGCCAAGUACUACGAGCUGGCACGCAAGGAACGGCAGCUCCACAUGCAGCUCUACCCCGGCUGGUCCGCGCGGGACAACUACGGGAAAAAGAAGAGGCGGACACGGGAGAAGCAGCAGGACUCCAACUCAGAUCCUGCCUCUCCUAAGAAAUGCAGAGCUCGCUUUGGCCUCAACCAACAAACGGACUGGUGCGGCCCGUGCAGGAGGAAAAAGAAGUGCAUUCGGUACUUACAAGGAGAAGGACGCUGUGCCAGCCCAGUUUCUUCCGAUGGAAGUGCUAUAGACUCCCCUCCCUCCCCCCUGGAUGCACUCCAAUGCAUAUCCUCUGCUUUCCCUUCAGACAAGCUUGCAGCCCCCGCAGACUCCACACACAGAGAACACACCGACCCCCUCCCGGUCUCUGCUCCCAUCACAGCUGCUGCCUGCUCCUCCAGACCCAACCCCGGGUGCUCUCCUGCACCCGCAGAGCCCUCAGCCUGCAGCGUGGCUUCCACGGGGACGUAGUCCUGCACCACCCGCGUUAGCUGAGACACACUGGGCACUUUGCUCUCCCGCUGAAAAGGACCAGAGGCCCGGCCCAAUUCCCUGUUUCACUGCAGUUAGGCAACAGAACGAUUGGAGGAUGCUGGAAAACAUUUGAUUAUUUGGGGGGAGGGUGGUGGUUAAAGAUAGCAAAGUGAUUUCUUAAAAGGUUAAAAAAAAAAACAAACCAACAAAACUUGCCAAAAUUUGAAGUGCUGAUGAGUAAAUAAGGCUUUUGUCCCUGCCCUGUGCUGCUUUUUUGUUUGUUGGGGGCUUUUCUUUUUUUACUGUGUUAUCUGUGAGUGUGGCAGAAAGCAAAGAGAGACUCCCCAGCUUGCUGCAGUAGGUGGUAGGUGCUCUAAAUCUAACACUGGCUUCCAUGUCCUGCCUUCAGAGCUGCUUUAGACUGUAGUCCUGUAGCUGUUUUACCACAGAGCUGGAAAAGCUGGAAUAGGAGCCUUUUGUAAAAGCCCUUGUGUCUGAAAAUGAAAUGUAGCGAUGCUAGCUUUCCGAUCUGACUGAAUGAUAGAGAAAUAUUUAAACUAAUGAGAUGUAUUUUUUAAACUUCUUGUUUGAGAACAGGAAGGUACUGUUUACAGGUAAUAGUCUGUGUGCAGACACGCUGAAUCCCAUCAGUGUAUGGCAGGGCAGAGGAUUGCUCCCCACGUCAGCCCGGCCCAGGGUCUCCCUGCUGUUUUGCUUGAUUGUUGCAGAUUCAAACAGCAGGAAUUGCCACGCAAUGGGCUGGGGAAAGCCUCAAAAAGCCUCCCCUUAACUCAGCACACACGAGGAGCACGUAGGGCAAGCAGCCACACAGCCUGACUGAGGCACUCAGGAGCGCAGCGCUCCAUCUCACAAGCCAGGCUGAGGCCAGGCUGCAGGAAGGAGCUGAGCCCAACGCUUUCCCUGCUGUGCAGCCCGGAGCAGCAGCACCCUGCCCUGCCCUCUGCUCACAGGCUCUACUUACCCUCUGCAAGAUCAAAAACGUUUCUUGCUGAUUUGGUGUCUAACUUUUUAAAGAACUUACCUGAGCUUUUUCUAACAGAUCUCCCUCACCCCUCGCAACGAGGCCAAACGUGAAGGCAUUCUCUCCAGCCUGAGAAUAUUUUCCAGGUUCUGGUUUCUUACCUUUUGAUCCGUGGACAGAUUCUGAUCUCCAUAAACUGAUGUAAAUCCCAACUUAACCAAAUGUAUUGAUUUUCUCUAUGUUUACACACUUGGCACACAGACCAGAGUCCGGUCCGGUGCGUAUUUUUUCCUGCUUGAAAGAAAUGUAUUUUAGACUGCUGAAGAGAAAAAGAACACCAAGCUGAGGGGGAGAGGGGUCUAUUUUUUUCUACUUUACAGAAUAGGUUUUAGAGUACUGACUACAAAUUAUGUAGUAAUAUUAUUGUAGAACUGCAAGAAAUUUAAGAUGACCUUUAUAAUGUAAAAAAAUAUUUUUAUAUUUUUUUUCUUAAAACAAAAACCCGGAUUUUUUUACAUUGGACUCAACUUCUUAAAACAAGUUUAUGCAUCAAAGAUUGAAAAUUAAAAAAAAAAGACCACUGAUUAGUCUAUAGAGCAUCUCUGGGUUUAUUCCCCUAAUUUAGGUACUUCUGCUUAUAGUAGUGUAGAUCUUUAACUCGUUUUAGUUUAGAAGACCCAAACUUAUAGCUUUAUUCCUCUUCUAUGGAAAUGUAACUUGAGAAGCACUGAAUGAAAGCAACGUGCACAGACUUACAGAGCUGUUCUAACCCUUAGAGGAGUAGCAUUACCUGGAGUGCCCGCCAGCAGCACACACUGCACUCAGAGGGUUAACAGUGCAGCCCUUGCUCACACACCAUCCACUCAUCUUUAAGUUAUUUCAGCAAGCACAGCAACCCAGCGAGCCAUUCCCAGACCUGACACAGACUCUUCUGACAAUACAUUAUAGAUAUAAACCUUAAAAAAAGCUUUGUUUCAACUCACCGUUCUUCACUUUGAGACCCUCUGAUGUAAGGUGCUGUCCAAGUGACAACUACUGUAAAAGGCACAGCUGACAAAUCGGCCAUCAGUGGGCACAACUGGGUGUAAAGCUGGCAUAACGUUGUACCUGCUUGGUAUUUCAUGGUUGGAUGAAAUGUAACUUAGCAGCAAAGAUGGCUAUAAAGAAAAGCCAGAUGUCUCUAAGUAACACCAGAGGAAAUUUAAGGGAAAGUCCUGACCAGUAUUAACCUGCAUGUUGUGACCAAGGACCGAGUAGCACUAAGCAGCCCUCAUUCAUUUCAGAACUCAUUAGGAUUUCCCUUCAUCUAUUUCAAGGCUACUCACAGCCCCUCCAUGGUGCCCGUGCUGCCCGCCUUGGUCAGGGCAUGCUGACCAGGAAAUGACCCAUCUGUGUUACAACCUCCUCUCAUCACUGCUAUUCCAUCCAAUUCCUGCACAAUCUCCUUGGUGAAACCUGCCUUCCCUCCUGCAGGAGCCAUCCCACGUGCGUUCAUGCACAGAGGGGGGCAUUCCCACAGCACACACAGGUACACACUUUCUGACCGAUGCUCCUGAACAGGUCUCACACCAGCACAGCAUCAUUUCGGCCUUUGCUGUUACCUGAAUGCUUCUAUGGCACAACUGAGAAAACAUAUUUCUUUCCCCAAAACAUGUAAGAGAGCUCAGAGCUGCCCAUUUCUGAGACAAAACAGCGAGCUGACCAACUUCUGAAUACAUGCCCUAUGGUUAACAAUGCCAAAACAGAGUUACUUUUAUUAAUGCCAAAAGAAAUCUUUAGAAAUGCUAUAUGAAGUGUUAUUAUUUUGUGUUCAUGUGCUUUUUUAAUAGAAGGAAAGCAUCGCCCUGAAGUUUUUAAUCGCAAAAAGAAUUUCUUUUUUCAGUUUUUACAGCAAUUUCAACCUCUCUUGAAAUACAUAUUUGAAUUCCUGAAACCAGUUUGAAUGUAGAAGUCAUGGAAAUACCACUUCAUUAAACCAAGUACAACCACUGUAUGUAUGUAGCAGGGAUAAAUGUUUUGCAGCUGUACUUUCAUUUGUCCAAUGAUUAUCCAUCAUUUGUUGUAAUUUUUUUUACUUCACCAAGUUUGUAUUUUUUGGCUUUUAUGUUCAAAAUAUGUUUAUAGCUUUAUAAAUAAAGUAAUUGCCAGACUGGCUAUUCAGAAUAGGCCACUGGAAAUUAUAAUCCUAUCAAAGUGUCAAUUAAUUAUUCCUUAGAACUGAAGAAGUUUUUUUGUACUUUUACGUUGAAGCAUUUUAACAUAAUUUCCAGUAGCCUUCAAUAAAUAAGGCUGAAACUGUGAGCCACAGAGAAUACUUCCUUCCACAUAAACCAACCACUACUGCUGACCUCCUCCUCCCCCACCGUGCCCCCAUUUCAUCACUCCAGCCAAGAGCAGCACUCCUGAUUAGGCCACGACUUGGGAAAGAAGUGUUUAUGCAGCACCAUGCCAGUUAAUGAUUAACAUCAAGUCCAGCAGUGGAAACAGUGGACAGUGUCUGUGUUUCAGGUGUUAGUGUUACAUGGCUGCCUGCUGAUACAGGACACACAGCAGGUUCAGCUGAAGAGGAAAACCCACACAGCAGCUGCUCUGUACCCACAGCACCCCUGCAGAAGGUCCCUCUCUACAGCUUGUACCAGCAGAGAUUCAAACAGGUGUUCUCUUGCAUUGCCAUACACAUCAGGUACUGGGACAAAGCCUGAGCCAGCACUCUAGGGGAAUUCAACCAGAGAAGGCAAGUUGUAUGGAUUCCUAAUGAACAAGGCUUCUAACAUCAAAAUCUGUCACAACGCCAUAAUGCUCUGAGCACAAAGCCAGCCCUUUUGCAUACUGUGCCAUACUGCCACAGUAGCAUCAGCUUUGGGCAAACUAUUCAUACCAGCAGCCAACUGGCACAACUCUGGAGCAGAAGCCAAAGCCCAUUUAGUUCACCAUUGAAGCAUUUGACCACAAAGGGUUAUUUCUUAGGCAAGCUGUUUUAAGAAUUAGCAAUUCUUGCCACAGGUGCUUUAUGCAAACAGUAGAAGCAAGGCUACAAGGAAGACAAGCUAAACUGCCUCUGUCUCUUCCUCAUCUUACAGCACAGGGAGGCACCACAUGAGGCAGCAGCUACUGCUGACCAACACCUCAAGGAAGCAUUUGUAGGCUUCUACUACUGAGCAGAACUACAGUUUCUGUAUCAGAAUGGUAACUUCAAGGAUGAAACCAGUGUAUGCUGAAUGCUUACUUCAUGCACAGAGCUGGAUUUAUUUCUUGUAAGAAUGCAGGGUAAGCUGAACACUGAACUACAAGACCUGUUAUCAGCAGCUUUUCACUACUGGUACUUUAACAGAGUUGUACUGUUUACAAUACAGGAUGCUUGGCAGGCUUUAAACGUCCCAAUCUGUAACACUGGAGCAUUUUAUGCCCACUGACAAUGCUAUCAGCAGCACAAAGGCAGGCCCAGCAGCCUUAUGAAUAAGCAUAUGUGACCAGCAGCUGCCUCCAAAGCACGGAUUGAGUGCUGCUUUAGAACAAGUUAUGAAUGCUUUCAUUAAUGGUUACAUCAAAGCAAGAUUAUCUCAAAGCUGGUAAGCCAUCAAAAAAAUCCAUCUGGAUUUAGCUUCAGACUUCACUUGAGGCUGCUGACUGUGACUGACCAGCAGCUUGCAUUCUAAUCAUUUAAAAUAGAUAAAGAAUUUCAGUUAACCACUCCCUCAGUACUAUUACUAUUGCUCACACACUCAGUAAGAAGUGACAGGCUGCCUAGUUACAGAUGAUUAGAACCAUUUGUAUAUAGAAGUUUAAAAGCCCUUUAUUAAUUCAGAAGUGAAACACUGAUAUUUAAAGUGAGAUAAGUAUGUUUAUUAAGGUUCAUUCUACUCUAAGAUUUAUACAGAGAAUGGAAUGCAAUACAAGCUAAGAGCACACCUCAGAUCUACCACAAAACCACCCCCUACUCCCUAUAAGGGAACUGUAAAAAAAAAAAAAUUAAAAUAAAAAUCAGGAAACCAGUUACUGUUUAACUAGUUGCAAGUGGCUUUGUCCAAAGAAGUCAAGCUCAAUAUUGCAUUAGCUUUGUAUGCAAUAAGAAGUCUCUACAAGCAGAAGUAUCACAUACAUAGGCAAAAAGAUCUCCCAUGGAUACAUGAAAACCAUGUUUUAAAGAGCUACAUCACAAGGGUAGUUUAAAAUUGCCUAAAAAACAGCCACUAAUGGCAUGCACAGGUCAAUAAUAUUAACUUUGGUAAUGUCAGUCAUUUUUGGUCAAACCUGGGUUCCACUUUUAGCAAAAAAAAAGUAUAAAAACACACCUGUCCUGUGCAUAAAGCAACACACGUUCCAUCUGCUAGCAGCUAGAGGCACAGCUUCAGGACAUGGUAGAAGUCUGCCAAGUUUGCUGUCAGAAGCUUGCUUUGCUCUGGCUCACAUCUUUCACUAUUCAGGCAAGACCAACAGGACAAGGAAGUGGACAGAUCUUUUUUCCUUUUUUUUUUUUUUUUUAAA